UCACAGCGGCAAAGUGGGCGUGGCAGCCGUCUGGCGCCCCGUCGCUGGCCGGACGCUUCCGGUGUCGGGCUGGAAGUGGCUCUCUUGUUGACACUUUAUUGUUCCGCGUCUGGUUGACAGAGGAAUGUACCAGGCCUAAAGCGUCCCUCGGUUGGAUCAUGUCCUCGGGUCGGCAGCCUCAGCAGCUCCCCGGGCCGGGAGGUGGAACGGGCCCUUCCUCCCCCUCCCCUUCCCCAUCAAGUUCUUCUUCAUCUGUGCCGCUGCGCCAGGGACUUGUGGGGGUCACCAGCCUGUCCAGGCUCGGCGUUCCAGGCGGCAGCUCAGCGCUCGCAGGAAGGUCCGGCGGCUCCGGGCCGAGGAAGAGGCCUCUGCCUACCCCACUGUGCAACGGGCUCAUUAACUCCUAUGAGGACAAGAGCAACGACUUCGUGUGUCCGAUUUGUUUCGAUAUGAUCGAGGAAGCCUACAUGACGAAGUGUGGACACAGCUUCUGCUACAAAUGUAUCCAUCAAAGUCUGGAGGACAAUAACCGCUGCCCAAAGUGUAACUAUGUGGUUGAUAACAUUGACCACCUUUACCCCAACUUUUUAGUAAAUGAACUAAUUCUGAAACAAAAGCAGAGGUUUGAUGACAAGCGCCUAAAGUUGGACCCAUCGAAUGGUCAUCGGUGGCAGAUCUUCCAGGAUCUGUUAGCAACUGAUCAGGAUAACCUGGAUCUUGCCAAUGUGAAUCUGAUGCUUCAACUUCUGGUACAGAAGAAGAGGCAGCUUGAAGCUGAAUCACAUGCUGCUCAAGUCCAGAUCCUCACAGAAUUCCUGAAAGUUGCCCGGCGGAAUAAAAGAGAGCAACUGGAGCAGAUCCAGAAAGAACUGAGUGUGGUGGAGGAAGACAUAAAGCGUGUGGAGGAGAUGAGUGGUUUAUACUCUCCACGCAGUGAAGACAGCACUGUUCCCCAAUUUGAGGCCCCAUCCCCAUCACACAGUAGCAUAAUUGACUCGACAGAAUACAGCCAACCACCUGGCUUCAGUGGGAACUCUCAGACAAAGAAGCAGCCUUGGUACAACAGCACGUUGGCAUCGCGGCGGAAACGUCUCACCGCCCAUUUUGAAGAUUUGGAGCAGUGCUAUUUUUCUACCAGGAUGGCCCGUGUAUCAGAUGAUAGCCGGACGGUGAGCCAGCUGGAUGAGUUUCAGGAGUGCCUAUCCAAAUUCACCAGAUAUAAUUCUGUGCGCCCUCUUGCCACACUGUCUUAUGCCAGCGACCUGUAUAAUGGCUCCAGCAUUGUGUCCAGCAUAGAGUUUGACCGAGACUGUGAUUACUUUGCCAUCGCUGGGGUGACUAAGAAGAUUAAAGUGUACGAGUAUGGUACAGUUAUCCAGGACGCUGUAGACAUUCAUUAUCCAGAGAAUGAAAUGACCUGUAAUUCUAAAAUCAGCUGUAUAAGUUGGAGCAGUUACCACAAAAACCUCCUGGCCAGCAGCGAUUAUGAAGGGACCGUGAUUCUGUGGGAUGGCUUUACAGGGCAGAGAUCAAAAGUUUACCAGGAACAUGAAAAAAGGUGUUGGAGUGUGGACUUUAACCUCAUGGACCCCAAACUUUUGGCGUCCGGCUCAGAUGAUGCCAAAGUUAAGCUGUGGUCUACCAACUUGGAUAAUUCUGUUGCUUGUAUUGAAGCCAAAGCCAAUGUAUGCUGUGUCAAAUUUAGUCCCUCUUCUCGCUAUCACCUGGCAUUUGGCUGUGCAGAUCACUGUGUACAUUACUACGACCUCCGCAACACUAAGCAGCCGAUCAUGGUUUUUAAAGGGCAUCGCAAAGCUGUCUCUUACGCCAAGUUUGUGAAUGGUGAAGAAAUUGUCUCUGCGUCAACAGACAGCCAGCUGAAGCUGUGGAACGUCUCCAGACCACAUUGCCUGCGCUCCUUCAAAGGUCAUAUCAAUGAAAAGAAUUUUGUGGGUUUAGCAUCGAACGGAGAUUAUAUUGCCUGUGGAAGUGAAAACAAUUCCCUCUACCUGUAUUAUAAGGGUCUCUCAAAGACCCUGCUGACUUUCAAGUUUGACACCGUAAAGAGUGUGUUGGACAAAGACCGCAAAGAAGACGACACCAAUGAGUUUGUUAGUGCUGUAUGUUGGAGAGCUCUUCCUGAUGGGGAGUCAAAUGUUCUUAUUGCUGCUAACAGCCAGGGCACAAUCAAGGUACUGGAGCUGGUAUGAAAUAUGGACUUCUAAAUCAUGUGCGGAGGGGCUACUAACUCUCCUGUCUAGGUCAGAACCUCCACCUGCAGAAAACGCUAAUACCCUCCUAAUGGAGACUGUCAAAAGCAUUAUACCACACGUCACUUCUGGACACUCGUAAGACUUUUGGAGGAGAACAGGAAGAAGGGACAAGCAGAGGUGGAGAAUGGUUUAAUGCUGGAAUCAUGGAUCCUCACUGGUCCCCUCCCCCACUACUGUGUUCUUCUCUCUUCUGGUGCUGCUUUAUACCUUAGUAAUGGGGGUGGCCUGUAACAUGUUGCUCUUUUUGCAGUUCCUUCCAAAACUGAGGACUUAACCUGAGAGGUAGAGAAAGGCUUCAUUUUUAUCAUAGGGGGAAGCUAUUAAAAAAAACAAAUCACGCCAAAAACAAAAAUCUCAAAAACCC